GGGUCGCGCUGCCUGAAGCCCACGUGCGCCGCCGAGCCCGGGCUGGCUGACAGCGGGGCCCGCCCGGGCCGCCGCCCGCGCUCCUCCCCGAGGAAAGGAUUUUGAUUUCAAAGAAAGGAAGGAAGGAAGGACAACUCCCAGCUCCCCCGCCCGCGCCGGCGGCCGGCCGGGCCAUGCCCAGGAAGGCGACGGCGGCCCAGCGGCAGGGACUUUCCUGGCAGCCCGGCGCCGACGAGCGCGCCCCGUGAGUUUGCCGCGCUCGGUUCAUGCUUCCUGCAAGGCCCCCGAGAGGCCGAACGCCACAGCCCCUCCCCGCGCCCCGAAGAGCCUCCCGCGUGCCCUGGCCCUCGGGCCCGCCCCGCGUCUGCCGGGCUCCGGCCGCCGCAGCCCAGCGCCGGCCGCCCACGGCGGUGAAUGGCAUGAUGGUGCGGGGCGGGCGCCGCGGCCCAGGCCAGCUGAGUCGCGAAGGCCGCGGGGGCGGCGGCAGUGGCGGAGGUAGCGGGCUCCCCCUCGGCAUGCCAGUGCCCCCCGGGCGCGAUGGCUAGCGGCAGCGCGGGGAAGCCCACUGGCGAGGCGGCUUCUCCGGCUCCCGGGAGCGCCGUCGGUGGAGCCUGCUCGCAGCCGCGGAGGAGGCUGGUGUCCGUCUGCGACCACUGCAAGGGCAAGAUGCAGCUGGUGGCCGACCUGCUGCUGCUGUCGAGCGAGGCGCGCCCCGUGCUCUUCGAGGGCCCUGCCGCCCCGGGGGCCGCCGCCGAGUCCUUCGAGCAGUGUCGGGACACCAUCAUCGCGCGCACCAAGGGGCUCUCCAUCCUCACCCACGACGUGCAGAGCCAGCUCAACAUGGGCCGCUUCGGGGAGGCGGGGGACAGCCUGGUGGAGCUGGGCGACCUGGUGGUGUCGCUGACCGAGUGCUCCGCCCACGCGGCCUACCUGGCGGCCGUGGCCACGCCGGGGGCGCAGCCCGCGCAGCCGGGCCUGGUGGACCGCUACCGCGUGACGCGCUGCCGCCACGAGGUGGAGCAGGGCUGCGCCGUGCUGCGCGCCACGCCGCUGGCCGACCUGACGCCGCAGCUGCUGCUGGAGGUGUCGCAGGGCCUGUCGCGCAACCUCAAGUUCCUGACGGACGCGUGCGCCCUGGCCAGCGACAAGUCCCGGGACCGCUUUUCGCGCGAGCAGUUCAAGCUGGGCGUCAAGUGCAUGAGCACGAGCGCGUCGGCGCUGCUGGCCUGCGUGCGCGAGGUGAAGGCGGCGCCCAGCGAGCUGGCCCGCGGCCGCUGCGCGCUCUUCAGCGGGCCGCUGGUGCAGGCCGUGGGCGCGCUGGUGGGCUUCGCCACCGAGCCGCAGUUCCUGGGUCGCGCGGCCGCCGUGAGCGCCGAGGGCAAGGCGGUGCAGACCGCCAUCCUGGGCGGCGCCAUGAGCGUGGUGUCGGCCUGCGUGCUCCUGACCCAGUGCCUCAGGGAUCUGGCGCAGCGCCCCGACGGGGGCGCCAAGGUGUCGGACCACAGGGAGAGGCUGCGCAGCUCGGCGUGCGCCGUGUCUGAAGGCUGCACCCUGCUAUCUCAGGCUUUACGGGAGAGGUCUUCGCCCAGGACUUUACCGCCAGUGAAUUCCAAUUCUGUGAAUUAGCA